GCCAGAGACGGAAAGAAUUUGGGCUAAUCAACAUAUCGCAGUGCGCCGUAUGCGCAACCGAAUGUUUGUUUUGGCGAAGCAGCCAACGAGAACGCAUCAUUGAGUUAAAUUGGUCCAAAGUGCAGCUUCGGGUCUUGGGUACAAACGAAGCGCCCCCCGAAACGGCCCCCGGGCGAUGAGGACUGAUCCAGCACUUCCGUUAAUCUGGGCACUUUUGAGUGGAUUAGUGCUCCCCCAGUGAGCAGCUAGUAAAUAGGUGGUUCCGGUGUGUGGAGCACGACGACGGAAUUUUACCGGUCUCCCCAACAGUAGUUGGCCCGCGCGAUCCGAUCCACUUCCCCCGCGAGAGUGCUUUCGUUGGGCUGCAGGUUGAUUUUAUCGAGGGAUCCCCCGACGACAACUGUAAACGGCACGUUUGAAUUGUUUAUUGGCACAAUCACCCAAGUUCCCGGUUCGCAGUGCGCCACGGUGGACAACUUUAAUCUAGGGAUUCAGGGCACGGCUCUGGCCAAGUGACUGUUGGCCAAACACUGCGAGCCUCUGAUCGUAGCCGCAAUCCGCCGCGCCACAAAGGGAAGUGCUCGAUUGUGCAAAUUGUUGUCAUCGUCCGUCAAUGUGCCGCUGUCGGCUCUCCUGUGGCCCACAGCAAUCAGUGAUAGAGAAAGAAAGAGAGUGGCGCAGUGCAACAGGGUGUGUUUGUGCAGUGAUAACGAAGAUUUCCGACAAGUGGUCGAGUGAUUUGUGGUUGGCCCUUUUUUGUGCCACCGGCACAGAAUCUGCGCAGCAUCGUCUAGGACACACAAAAACCGGCAGCUAAUCCGCACGGGACCAGCCGAGGAGUAUGCUGUAACAGAACUCUCCAGCCAAGCAAUUCGCCUGCAAUUGACGCUACCAGGACCACAUAUACAUCAGUGAAAGAGCUUGCCCGACCAUGGCCGACGUCGAAUCGCAGAAGAUAUGCGGCAAAGCCAAACCGAGGAUCACGAUCCCCAUGGCCAUCGAUGGAUUGAUACUGACACUAGUUGCCUGCUUUCUUAUACUGACCGAGCUGGGGCUGCUGCCACAAGUGGUGAAGCGCGGCUACUACUGCAACGAUCAAUCGAUCCAGCAUGAGUACAAGGGCGAUACGAUUACGACUGUCACCAUUCUGCUGAGCGGGUUCGUUCCCGUGCUGCUGAUAUGGCUAACAGAAGCGUUCCUGUACGCGCCAUCGAUCAACUGCGGCAAAACAGAACCCGGCUCGCGGUGCCGUGGGGCAUUACGUGAGGCGUGGUACUGGACCAAAAAGUACGGCCGAGGACUUGUUACGAUGCUAGUCAUCAUCGGCACCAUAAAGAUUUUCCUGGGAGAGCUACGGCCACACUUCCUGUACACCUGCAAACCGGAUGUCGACUGCCAGGGCAACGAAUACAUCACCUCGUACACCUGCACCAACCGUGAGGAAAGCCAUUACUUUGUGCGCGACGCCAGCAAAUCCUUUCCCUCGGGCCAUUCGGCGAUGAGUGUGUUCGAGGCGAUCUUCAUGAUCUGGUACCUCGAGAAACGCGUGCCGCGUCUACGAUCCGUACUCACCAUACCACUCUGUCAGAUGGUGCUAAUGUGCUGGGCCGUUUUCUGUUCCCUGUCCCGGAUCACCGAUAAUCGGCAUCACUGGUGGGACGUGCUGGCCGGCUCGAUAGCGGGUGCGUUGGCGGCCAUUAUUACGUGUCUUUUCGCCUGCCGCAAUUUCGAAGCCAGCAAGCGACCGAGAAAGUCCUCCCUGUGUAGGGAUCACGAUCACAAGCUGAUCACCAGCAAUAGCACCAACACGCCCGGUGGGACACCACUGCACAAGGAGGAGAUCACGCUGAACAACGUGAUUCACGCCUGACGAGCGUGCAUCGUACCGGAGGCGGCAUGGCGCCGAAGUUGCGUCGAAGGAACUUUGGCCUUUCCUCUGCGCCACUUUCCUAUUCCACAGAAUCAGUAUUUUGUGUUAGGUAUUGUAGAGAAGUUUUAAAUUACGACAAGGUUUUACUCCCUAUACGAGAGCGUCUGCUGAUCCGCUACCACGGGGAUACUCGAUGGCCGACAGUAUGUUGGAUUCACCGUAGAAAAGAAAAAUAGUAAACCGCAAACCACAAUAAGAGCGAAGCGUAGAGCGGGGUCACGCAAUAUGGCGGAGUGAACGCGUAUAGAAUUUAGUCGCCAGCUUGUGGCAACUAUUGCUACCGAUAGACCGGACACUGGAGACCGGUAGGUGAAAGGACAGAAUUGUGAUAUUAUUCCCUAAGCCGUAAUCAUGUUCUCCCGUUCUUGGUUCGUCAAAAGACGUUAUUUUAAAAAUUCAAACCAAACGUCGCUGAGCGUUGGCCAACGAUAACGGGCCCGCGAAGGCAAUCGCGUACGCGUACGUUGAAGCAAAAAGUGCCUCGCCGAUUUCAGCAAAAUUACCACAAGUCAGCCGAAAGCUUACAAGAUAGCAUUAGGGAGAUUUUCGUUGAUAAAGAUACGGCCAGCGGCCGAGCAAUGGGGUUACGAAUGGUCGAAAGUUCAAAUACAACUAUUUAAACAUAGCGGGAAUUAGGGGUGUUGGUGU